AUGCAUCACGCAAACAUCUAUUCGGCCAGCCCAAGAAGACCUGCGACGCUCGACACAGUCUACAGCAGCGACACACGGCGACAGACUAGACCCUGUGAUCUGGAACCGACCUCUGCUGCCUCUCGGGCGUGCACAGCAUUUACUUUCCCUGCGUGGGAGAACUCAAGUGCAGAACAGGCCAACGACCAAACUGCGAUGGACGGAUCAGGGGCGAGUCCCAGUGAGCGACAGUUUCUCGAAGCUGUUGGCGCUGAUGGGCGUGUUGACCAUGAAAGCAGCCAAGAGCGAGAAUACCGGGAACAGUCAGCGCUCGGGUGUCCCAGUAGCUUGAACUACACUUCAUGCUCCGACGCGAGCUUGCACCAUGGACAGCAACCAGGCUUGUAUCGCCUUGAAGAAGCCAGACUUCAUGAUGCGAGCACAGAAGUAGCUGAGCAAGAAGCUGCUGCCACGUACAUGCAAAUAUGCGAGAGCCAAGACCAGAUCAAACGUAGGGAUGUAUUACUCGGGCUGUGGAACGAGAUGUCCUGCGAUUUCGCGGCGAAGGCGAGGCUUCUACGCUUCGAUUCGCGACUGCCGGAGAGCAACCGCGCGCCGUUGGCAGUGGCCCUUGACCAGAUGGAGGCAUAUCAUGUACAGGUCGUCAAAUACUGCAUGAUGCAUGUAGAUGGCUUUCUAGAUUAUGGCUUCAACUGCUUUUUGAGUGGAGAGCAAAGACACAAGGACAAUGCCGACAGCUCCGGAAAACCCAAUGACCACAGUCGCACAUUGGGCGCCAAUCAAGUCUGGACAAGAAUUCAACCUUUGGCAAUAGGAAUCGAUGCUUGCGCUCAUCACUUGGUAAAAGACUCACCCGAGGCUGGCCAUGAGGCGUACAGCGGAGACGAGCAGCGAGGGCAUACCAUCUUCGAGAACAGCCCCGACGGGGCCAGCAACUAUAGAAAAGGAGAAGAAUCAUCAAGAUCUGGCACUGGGGGCCAAACCAUGACGGAUUUGCGCGAAUCCUCGAUUGCCCUGGCCACAGAAGACUCGAGUACCAUCCUUACAUCGGCGGCGAUGCGCUUUUCCGCAGUGUCUCAUGAUGGAUUUUCGACAAGCGGUAAGGUAUCUACAACAAGUGACCAUUCGCCUGAAGAAGCUAGAAACAGCCAGCGUGCUGCCGACAAAGGAAAAUCGGUAUAUACCGCGCCGGACCACGCUUCUGCUCACAGUACGACGAAUUCGAUGCGAAUGAAGCGACUUAAGGCAGUGAUCCUCAGCCUUGACCGUGCAUGCUCCCAGCUUGGCGAGAUGGCCGACCUGAUGGAGGAUAUAAAUCGGAAGCUGCGCAGCAACUACCACGUCCUCCCCGUCGGUGUCCGGCACAGAUUCAGCCAGGUACUCACGCAAAAGUCAGCCAAGCUCAGCAACAUCGGAUACCAGUUUUGCCACCGGAUGGCUUGCGAGACAACAAGGAUCGAGCUUGUCUUAGCCUCGGCUGCUGUUCCACCGGAAGUCCAGGGUAUCGACGGAACUGAAGCGGACUCAGGAUGCCGCGACUACCAAAGGGGAAGCUGUAUGCGGCCUUUGCAGCCAAAAAUGCACGCUGCCCUUCUGAUGAGCCCUGAAGCUGGGGAUAAGCGCGAGGAUCGAGGCCUGGGGCGUUUACUGAGGGUUUUGCCUGCGCUGAACUGUCUUGUCACAACGGGGCCGAACUGUAUGGUUGAUCAUACUGGUGAGUUUGGUUACUAG